AUGAAGUUCGGGGAACAGCUCAACCGGGCACUUAUCAGAGAGUACAGCUACUACUACAUCUGUUACGACGAUCUCAAGAACGAUUUGGAAGAAAAUCUGGGGUCAAACGGAGGAGAAUGGAGCGAAACGUUGGAAACACAGUUUCUGGAAUCGCUGGAACUAGAAUUGGACAAGGUCUACACUUUCUGCAAAGUGAAACAUAACGAGGUUGUUAGAAGAGUUAAAGAGGCACAUGAACAAGUGCAAUCUACCGUGCGUGCUUUGGACUCGAACGUGCCUCCAUCGGAGCUGGACUUCGAGAUUUUGGAGGAGGAGCUAUCGGAUAUCAUCGCCGAUGUGCACGACCUGGCUAAGUUCUCAAGACUAAACUAUACGGGGUUCCAGAAAAUCAUCAAAAAACACGACAAAAAGACCAAGUUUAUCUUAAGACCUGUCUUCCAAGUGCGUUUGGACUCGAAGCCAUUUUUCAAAGAAAACUACGACGAUCUAGUAGUGAAAAUCUCGCAACUGUACGAUCUGGUCAGAACUCGUGGUAAUCCGAUUAGAGGCGAUGCCGCGUCCGGUGGUAAGCAGCAAAAUUUCGUCAGACAGACGACCAAGUACUGGGUCCAUCCAGACAACAUUACAGAGCUCAAAUUGAUCAUCUUGAAGCAUUUGCCCGUUCUGGUGUUCAACAGCAACAAAGAGUUCGAGUCUGAGGACUCAGCCAUCACUUCCAUCUACUACGAUAAUGAGGAUUUGGACUUGUACUAUGGUCGUCUAAGGAAAGACGAAGGUGCCGAAGCUCACCGUCUAAGAUGGUACGGAGGCAUGGGUUCCGACACAAUUUUCGUCGAGCGGAAAACGCACAGAGAAGAUUGGACUGGUGAAAAAUCUGUGAAGGCCAGAUUUGCGUUGAAAGAGCGUUACAUCAAUGAGUUUUUGCACGGUAAGUACACCGUGGAACAAGCUUUUGCUAAAAUGCGCAAAGACGGGAAGAAGAGUUUGAAAGAAAUCGAAAACUUGGAAGCUUUGGCCACUGAGGUCCAAUACACUAUGCUGAAGAAGAAAUUGCGACCCGUGGUACGCUCUUUCUACAACAGAACCGCUUUCCAACUUCCCGGUGAUGCCCGUGUGCGUAUUUCAUUGGACACAGAAUUGACCAUGGUUAGAGAAGACGACUUUGAUGGUCACGAUAGGACCAACAACAACUGGAGGCGCAUGGAUAUCGGCGUUGAUUGGCCUUUUUCGCAAUUGCCUGAGAAGGACGUUUGCAGGUUCCCAUAUGCCGUCUUGGAAGUCAAAUUGCAGACACAAUUGGGCCAGGAGCCACCCGCUUGGGUUCGUGAACUGGUAGGUUCUCACUUGGUGGAACCCGUUCCCAAAUUCUCUAAGUUCAUUCAUGGUGUGGCGUCGUUGUUGGGCGACAAGACUGAGUCGAUUCCCUUCUGGUUACCGCAAAUGGACGUAGACAUCAGAAAACCCGCUAUUCCCACUCACAUAAACAUCAGCAGGCCGGGUCGCGACGAAAACGACUCUGAUGAUGAAAUUUACGAGGAUCAUUCUCACCCCAAUGGUAAUCUGCUUGAUAUAGAGGAAAGCGUGGGCUAUGGUGCCACUGCUGGCGCUGACACUACGGAAGCUGGAGCCGGACCUGCUGCACACAGGGCCAAAACCUCGUCUAACCCGGUAGUCCGUCUGUACAACCAACUUUACGCCUCUCUGGACCAUUACUUGCAUGGCGAUCAGAUCACUAAAGUGCCCGAGGGCACGGUUUUCGACACUCAGGUUUGCGCGCCUCCAGGAAAGACCAUAUGUGUACCAGUGAGAGUCGAACCUAAGGUGUAUUUUGCCACAGAAAGGACCUUUUUAUCGUGGCUGUCUAUUGGGCUGACUCUCAACGCUGUGGCCAUUUCCAUGCUCAACUACGGCACUGACGCGACGAUGGUCGCUUCUGUCGGAUUUUUCUGCACUGCUCUGGUCACCAUCCUCUACAAUGGAUAUGUCUAUUGCAAGCGAGUCGUCAACAUUCGUAUGAAGCAUGCUGUCGACUACCAGGACAAGAUCGGGCCCCCAUUGGUGUGCGGUUUCCUGGUGUUAUCGACGAUUUUUAGUUUCUACUGUAAGUGGGCAGAGAACUGA